AGUAAGUAAAUUACUCCGGGUAGUAAGGAGAGUAUCGCAACUAGGGAGUACUCACCAAGUUUCCUCGCCUUCAAAUCUUCCAAUCGGAUCGGGUCUGUUCUGUGCAUCUCUUUCCUCUUAAUCGGAGAUGGCAACCGCCAUGAUGGAGGACGGCAGUUUCGAGGACGACCAGCUCGCUUCUAUGUCAACUGAAGAUGUUAUUAGGGAUUCGCGGCUGCUCGACAACCAAAUCCGAAUUCAGAAGGAAGAGCUGCAAAGAUCGAAUCUAGAACUGGAUUCGUUCAAGGAGAAGAUCAAGGAGAAUCAGGAGAAAAUCAAACUCAACAAACAGCUUCCUUACUUAGUAGGAAACAUAGUCGAGAUUUUAGAAAUGAACCCUGAGGAAGAUGGUGAGGAGGAUGGAGCAAAUAUUGAUCUCGACUCACAAAGAAAGGGAAAGUGUGUUGUACUAAAAACUUCAACUCGUCAGACUAUCUUCCUGCCUGUCGUUGGUCUUGUUGAUCCCGACAAAUUGAAACCUGGUGAUUUGGUUGGUGUGAACAAAGAUAGCUAUUUGAUCUUGGAUACUUUGCCAUCUGAGUUUGAUUCUCGGGUUAAGGCAAUGGAAGUUGAUGAAAAACCAACAGAGGAUUACAAUGAUAUUGGAGGCCUUGAGAAACAGAUCCAAGAACUAGUCGAGGCAAUUGUUUUGCCUAUGACACACAAAGAGCGAUUUCAGAAAUUAGGAAUUCGCCCACCAAAAGGUGUUCUUCUUUAUGGACCUCCCGGGACUGGAAAAACUUUAAUGGCCCGUGCCUGUGCGGCUCAGACAAAGGCUACUUUUCUCAAGCUAGCAGGUCCCCAACUAGUACAGAUGUUCAUUGGAGAUGGAGCAAAACUUGUUCGUGAUGCUUUCCAGCUUGCUAAGGAAAAGUCCCCUUGCAUUAUUUUCAUUGAUGAGAUUGAUGCUAUCGGCACAAAACGUUUCGAUAGUGAGGUCAGUGGGGAUAGGGAAGUCCAACGAACUAUGUUAGAACUAUUGAAUCAGCUUGACGGGUUUAGCAGUGAUGAUAGAAUAAAGGUGAUAGCAGCAACAAAUCGGGCUGAUAUUUUAGAUCCGGCUUUGAUGAGGUCUGGCCGAUUGGACCGUAAGAUUGAGUUUCCUCAUCCUACAGAGGAAGCCAGGGCUCGGAUAUUGCAGAUCCACUCUAGGAAGAUGAAUGUUAACCCAGAUGUCAACUUUGAAGAGCUGGCUCGAUCCACAGAUGACUUCAAUGGCGCACAGCUCAAAGCUGUUUGUGUCGAGGCAGGCAUGCUAGCACUCCGUCGUGAUGCCACCGAGGUUACCCAUGAAGAUUUCAACGAAGGCAUUAUCCAAGUGCAGGCCAAGAAGAAGGCUAGCUUGAAUUAUUAUGCUUAGUGAAACAACUGAACGAUGGUUAGAGAUUUCUCGACGAUCUUUCUUAAUGAACUAUUCUGCCUUUUUUGAUGUUCACUGAAGUGGUUUCUCCUUCUGUUUGACACUGAUUUAAAUUUUUUGUUCUCUACUGGGUUGUUUUUUGUUGAAAUACUAACAUGGCACUUUUUUUUUUCCUGCUGGUAAAUUAAGGGAUAAUGGUAUUAGAAUGUGCAUCCAAGAAUUGCCAAAUCAGGCAAUUAUUUAUGCUUUAAAGUUUAAAGUAGUGUUUUUAUUGGAUACAUUUUGGCCACCAAUUUGAUAAAAAUUUGUAUUAUAUAUUAGUGUAAAAUGAUUUUUAUGGAGUAUUAAAUUUAUUUUGCAGAAAAUUAUUACAAAUAUAUUUUAUUGUAUUAAAAUGCAAUCUAAAUUUAUCAUAAUUGAUGAUUAAAGUUUGUUUAAUUUGACUUGAAAAAAAGGUGGACAGGUGUUUUAGGACUGAUUAAGAAGUUGCAUUAAUCUGUGGAAAAUGCUGCAGGCAAGUUUGCGUGUUCAUGAUGUGAGAAUUGUUGUUCAAAGCAUGAUAUCUGCCUGUUCAAUAAAAUAUACCCUGUUUAAAAAAUAUAAUUUGGGGGAUUUA